CUAUGAUCACUCUACCUCUGGAGAAAAUGGCUACUCGAGUUACCGGAUCACUCUGUCUUGUUACUGGACUUGGGGAGGAGAUGAUCGUUCCCAGCAUGAAAGAGUAUGAAGAGAGGGCAGUAUCACUGGCCUUGAGUCGCCCAAAGCUUCAAGCUCUCACUAAUAAGCUUAAGUCUGUUCGCAUGACUUGCCCUUUAUUUGACACAGCUCGCUGGGUGAGGAAUCUUGAAAGAGGAAAUUUUAAAAUGUGGAAUCUACAUUGCUCUGGUCAACAUCCCUAACAUUUCAAGGUCACCGAAAAUGAUCUUGAAUAUCCUUAUGAUAGAUAGAUAGAUAGAUAGAUAGAUAUAGGUGUUAGACGAGAAUGUAUAUAAGAAAAUUAAGAAAAAGUAGACCGAUAUUGUACUUGCUAUGUUGAUGAAUAUGAGUGUAAUUCUGUUAUAGCAAU